AAACCACAGGCUUCCUCCUCUAGGGAGUUGAUCCAGAAUUGUCUUUCUGGAAGGGAAGCACUCGAAUCCUUCUGAACUUUCCAAGUCCAUCCAUGAUUCAGAGAUAUUGCCUUCUCCCUCUGGGAUUUUCUGUGUUCCUGGUAGUGAAUUGUUGCUUUGCUGCUUCUCUCUUUCAAGAUUUGAUCAUUUUAUAUGCUGUUCGGGGAGAAAAAGAACUUUUGUUAGAAAGGAGAUUUCAGAAAUGACUUUGGAUCCUCUAUAAGUGUUUUUAGAGUUCUUGGGGACAGUAGCUCUAACCCUGGAGUAAGCUUCUGCCUUUGACCUGCAUGGAUUAUUUUUUCAGGCUGCGGAAUUUCUCGGCACCUACCUGCAGUGCGGGGCACUUGGUUUGGUUGCAGAGUAAGAAGGUGGAAGAAUGAGCUGUACUUGGUUAAACAGUUGAAAUCUUUUUUGAGCAGGAUCUAUAAAAGCAUAAUUGAAUUUGUUUCACCCCCGUGGACUCCAGUGGGCCCGACAGCGCAACAGGUUUGCAGAUUUCUUUUGAAAUUCUUUUUUUUCUCCCUCUGCCUCAGCAAAAGAAAGAAUCUGUAUAACAGGUUCAUGUUCAAUUGCUUGGCUUUUCAGCACUUAUUCUGAAGACUUGAUAAGAUUUUUAAAAUUUGACCUCUGAACACCGUGGGCUUUGUGGUUGAAGUGCAUUUGUAUUUACUUAAGGGUGCACAUUUUAAAAUCUUAGAAUAAGAUUUUGUUUGUAAAAAGACCCAAAUUCUGAAGUGUGCCCAGAAAUAGCACAGAUCUACCCUGCUCAGGCUUUUUUACUUUUUCUGGGCAUUCUACUCAGCCUGUAGACUAAUCACCUCCCGACUCCCCCUAUCUUUUAUACCCCACCCCCUCAAGGAAUUUGAAAACGUGUUAGGAAUAGUCCUUUGUUUUACUUAUGAACCUAGAAAAUUACAGAUUAUAAAGUAGGGAUAAUAAAGUAGUUUCCAAAAGCAUCUCAUGGGAAAUCCAAGUGCUUGGCAUUCUCAAGCAGAAUACAAGCUGGAAUCCCUAAGAGAGAAAGUGAAAUAAAGAUAGAAAUACGGUUUUUAACUGGGAAAAAUAAUUGAAAAGCUAACCUUUUAAAAUAGUCUUCUAAUUUGAAGAAAAGGUUGGGAUGCUCAGGAGUAUCCUGUAAUAUGUGAAGACAUAUAAAUUACCACCUGAUUUAAGGGCAAAUUUAGGUAGAACAUUAAAAUAUUAUAGUAUAUUUUAAGUUUAUGAAAAGUAUUAUAAAUUCAAUGGGCCUAGAACUUUGGCCACGUUGAAAUACAGUUCAAAGUGUAAACUUUUAUGAAUACAUGUUGUAGCAUCUUUGGACAUCUCUCAAAAGUGUGACCUGAAAUAUUGUUCCCUCUCCUUCCCCAUUUAAAAGAAAAAUUCUCCUAUGAUAUUUAACCUUUUACCGUUGACAAAUUAUGUGGCUUAAAAAGGACCAUGUCUUCAUUUUCUGAGCUGGAGUUUUUCACUCUCACCUUCAAUGCAUGGCCUUAGUUGUUUACUUUGCCUUGUUUUGUUCAUUAACAUUGGGUUUAGUGGCUCGACAACUUGAUGCAUAUGGAAGACCAGCACCAAGUGAUCUGACAUUAAAAAAAAAAUUCAGGAUGUGACAUUCAACCUCAAGCAAAGUUGGAAAUUCCAAAGAGAAGUGGUGAUAUCUUACUAAUAAGAGCGAAGAUGGGAGAAAAUGACAUACCUGCGGCAGAAGUGGGCUGAAAACACCCUCUUCCCUGCCAGAUCAGGAAUGCCACCUGUUCUUGGGAAUAUACUUUAGAAGAAGGAAGGGCCAAAACUUUGACUUGGGUUUCUGAAACUGAAGCAUAAAUUCUCUCUUCCUUCGUUUGUCUGGAUCUGAGGACCUGCGUUUGGUAUUAGCUAGUGGAAGCAGUAUGUAUGGCCGAAGUGCAUUGCUGCAGCUGGUAGCAUGAGUGGCGGCCACCAGCUGCAGCUGGCUGCCCUCUGGCCCUGGCUGCUGAUGGCUACCCUGCAGGCAGGCUUCGGACGCACAGGACUGGUACUGGCGGCAGCGGUGGAGUCUGAAAGAUCAGCAGAGCAGAAAGCUAUUAUCAGAGUGAUCCCCUUGAAAAUGGACCCCACAGGAAAACUGAAUCUCACUUUGGAAGGUGUGUUUGCUGGUGUUGCUGAAAUAACUCCAGCAGAAGGAAAAUUAAUGCAGUCCCACCCCCUGUACCUGUGCAAUGCCAGUGAUGACGACAAUCUGGAGCCUGGAUUCAUCAGCAUUGUCAAGCUGGAGAGUCCCCAGCGGGCUCCCCGCCCCUGCCUGUCACUGGCCAGCAAGGCCCGAAUGGCGGGUGAGAGAGGAGCCAGUGCUGUCCUCUUUGACAUCACUGAGGAUCGAGCUGCUGCAGAGCAGCUGCAGCAGCCCCUGGGGCUGACUUGGCCAGUGGUGUUGAUCUGGGGUAAUGAUGCCGAGAAGCUGAUGGAGUUUGUGUACAAGAACCGAAAGGCCCUUGUGAGGAUUGAGCUGAAGGAGCCCCCGGCCUGGCCAGAUUACGAUGUGUGGAUCCUCCUGACAGUGGUGGGCACCAUCUUUGUGGUCAUCCUGGCUUCGGUGCUCCGCAUCCGGUGCCGCCCCCGCCACAGCAGGCCGGAUUCCCUUCAGCAGCGAACAGCCUGGGCCAUCAGCCAGCUGGCCACCAGGAGGUACCGGGCCAGCUGCAGGAGGGCCCGGGCUGAGUGGCCGGACUCAGGGAGCAGCUGCAGCUCAGCCCCUGUGUGUGCCAUCUGCCUGGAGGAGUUCUCUGAGGGCCAGGAGCUACGAGUCAUUUCCUGCCUCCAUGAAUUCCAUCGUGUCUGUGUGGACCCCUGGCUACAUCAGCAUCGGACUUGUCCCCUCUGCAUGUUCAACAUCGUAGAGGGAGAUUCAUUUUCCCAGCCCUUGGGACCCUCUCGAUCUUACCAGGAACCAGGCCGGAGACUCCACCUCAUUCGUCAGCAUCCCGGCCAUGCCCACUACCACCUCCCUGCUUCCUACCUGCUGGGCCCUUCCCAGACUUCAGUGGCUCGGCCCCCACGACCUGGUCCCUUCCAACCAUCCCAGGAGCCAAGCAUGGGCCCCCGGCACCACCGUCUCCCCAGAACUGCACAUCCCCUGGCUCCAAGUGAGCAACAGCGCCUUCCGGUGGCCCAGCACCCCUUUGCGCAGGGCUGGGGUCUGAGCCGCCUUCAGUGCACCUCACAGCACACUGCCGCUUGCCCAGCACCCCCGCGCCGGUCCAGGCCUCAUGACAGCAGUGGGUCUGCAGAAAGCUACUGCACAGAACGCAGCGGCUACCUGGCAGAUGGGCCAGCCAGUGACUCCAGCUCAGGGCCCUGUCAUGGCUCUUCAAGUGACUCAGUGGUCAACUGCACGGACAUCAGCCUCCAAGGUAUCCACGGCAGCAGCUCUACCUUCCGCAGCUCUCUAAGCAGUGACUUUGACCCCUUGGUGUACUGCAGCCCUGAGGGGGAGCCCCAGGGGGAGGAGACACAGCCCAAUGUGACCUCGCGGCCCCGUUCUUUGGACUCUGUGGUGCCCAAAGGGGAAGCCCAGGUUACCAGCCACGUCCACUACCACCGCCAUCGGCACCACCACUACAAAAAGCGCUUCCAGUGGCACGGCAGGAAGCCUGGUGCCGAAACGGGGGUCCUGCAGUCCCGGCAUGAGGUUCCUCGGACACAGCCCCAGCCAGAGCCACCUUCUCCUGAUCAACAAGCUGCCAGAUCCAACCCAGCAGCUCCAUCAGGGCAGCCCCCCAACCCACAGCGACCCAGGGCCCUCACAGAGCCAGCCCCAGACCUGAAUGAUGCUUCCAGCCCCAGCCCCAGCCCCAGCAGUCUCUUCCACUUGCAAAAAUCCAGCUUCCCUGUCCGACACCCACAGAGGAAACGGCGGGGGGGUCCCUCAGAGCCUGUCCCGGCCUCUCGGCCCCAGGAUUUGACUACACACCCAGCUUGCCAGAUUUUCCCCCAUUAUGAGCCCAGCCUCGCAUACCCUUGGCCCCCAGAGGCCCACCCCUUGAUCUUUGGACCUCCGGGCCUGGACAGGAGGAUGCUACCAGAAACCCCAGGCCCCUGUUACUCAAGUUCACAGCCAGUGUGGUUGUGUCUGACUCCACGCCAGCCCCUGGGACCACACCCACCUGGGGAAGCGCCUUCCAGAUGGAGUUCUGGCACCCCAGAGGGCAGGCCAUGCCCUUACCCACACUGCCAGGUGCUGCCAGCCCAGCCUGGCUCGGAGGAGGAGCUCGAGGAGCUGUGUGAACAGGCCGUGUGAGAUGUUCAGGCUUACCUCCAACCAAGAGUGUGCUCUGGGGUGACUCAGAGCCUACCUGACACAGAGUCCUGCUCCUGAGAGAAGAAAGGAUCUCAGAAAACACCCCUCUUUUUGCUGCCCUUUCUGGAACCACUGGAAGAGGAGUGGUGAUGGUGGGUGGCAGGAGGUGGUGUUUCCUGCUCCCAGCUCCAGAGCUUGUCUGCAGACAUCUGCGGUGCAGCAAUGUCUGUGUCUAGCAGGGAACCAGCUACUGCCUGUGUGGGCUGGCUCCCUUGAAGGCUGUUUUUUGAGAGCAGGAAGCUAGGUAUGGGUAGAUAGGUGUUAUAAAGGUGCUGCUCCUUCCCCCAGCCCCAGCAGGUCUCCCUCAUCCCAGGCCUCAUGUUAAUACCAGCCAGUGGGUCCAGCCGAAUGCAUGACCCCUUCUCACCUCCUUUCUUGGGUGAAUCCUGCACACCAGCUUUGGCUCCUCCUUGGUAAGGCUGCUGCUUUAGCGCCAAUCCUGGCUCUUAACACUCGCCUUCUUUGCAAAAGGAUCAAGAGCUGAGGUGACCCCUGAGCCCUAGAAGCAGAGUGGUGGGGAGGAGGGAACUAUGUAGUUUCUCCAGGCAGUACUGCCUGGUACAUAAGGGAAUAUGUUUCUCCCUUCUUGUCCUUAAUUUUCAGAUACACUGUAUUAAGUCAGAGGGGAGGCUCUGGGAAGCCAGAGUAUGGAGUUCUCUCCCUGAGGUGGAGCCUCUCAUCGUCAAACUCCCUUGUCACUCCAGCAGCCCCAAUUUCUCCAGGAGUUGGGGAUAGGAGUAAUGGGAGGGAAUAACUUCUUGGAGAUCUAUCUCAAAGUCCUAAAGUGGACAGAAGGAAGAGGAUUUCUGUUGGACUUCAUCUAGGAAGAGGGCAGAUGGAAUAAAGGCAGAAAAGCCAAACAAGAACAGCAAGGAAUUCUUCUCAGAGCAGGGAUGGGGAACAGGAGAGAACAAAGGAAAGUGAAGCGGGACCCUUGGGUUUAGAUGUUCCACAGGCUCAGUUUCCCAGUAUAAGCCAUAUAGGCCAGGGACGCACAGGAAGGUGUGCACGCGAGAGCAGAGUUGGAGCAGGAAGUCUGGUCUGAGCAGCUGGUACCGAGUGGGCAAGGGCUGAGGGGCCGCCUUGGGGUGACAUUCCCCCCAGGGCAGCCUGACCAUUGUUGGCCCCUCAGACAUUAUCCCAUUUGGAAUGUGAAUGUGGGAGCACAGUGGGCUCAGGACCCCACCUGGGAAUCUUCCCUCAGAGUCAGUGGGGAACUGGCACCUAGGCGCCCACAUGGUUAUUUAUAUCUGAACCAGACAGAAAGACGCUUGAAUCAGGCAUUAUGUUGAGAAAUGUAUUUAUUUGCUAAUAUAUUUAUCCAUAAAUGCA